AUGACCCUCGACAUUUUCAAGCGCCUAGUAGCUUAUCUCGAACCGUUAGGAUUCCUUGCGAUUGCUGCUUAUGGCGCAUUUCUUGUUCUGCUCGAGAUCGUGACCUUCCAAACCCGGCCUAAAGAUGUCCUCAGUCCGAGCAAAUUGAGUGAACGUAUCUUUGGGAAAUUGUGGCUUCGAAUAGACGAGACGAUUGCCGCCGGAGAGCUAGAGACGGAUCUCCCAAAACUUGUCGCAAAAGCCUAUGGCACAGUUGUCGAAGUCGGUCCUGGUAGCGGCAAUCAGCUUCCCCGUUACGACAUCUCCAAGAUCGACCGAAUAUAUGGCGUUGAGCCAAACGUCGACUUGCACGAUGCUUUGCGGAGCAACGUCAAGGUAAAUGGGUUGAGCGAUGUCUAUACCAUUGUUCCAUGCGGAGUGGAGAACAUUGAGAAGCUCAGCGAGUACGGUAUUGAGCCUGGAACUAUCGAUACUGUCACGAGUGUACAAGUGCUGUGCUCAGUACCCAAGCCGGCGGCGUUGGUGAAAGAUCUGUACCAGUUGCUCAAGCCGGGAGGGCAGAUGAUCGUCUAUGAGCAUGUCAAGAGCGAAGACUAUAUAUCUCAAUUGGUUCAACUGGUCUAUAACUUCGUCUGGCCGUACGCUUUGGGCAACUGCCACCUAGAUCGACCUACUGAGAAGCAUCUGCUUGAGGCCGGUAGCUGGUCUACAAUCGAGCUGGAAACGCCAAAGGAGGCAGACGCUUGGAUGGUCUUUCCGCAUGUGUCUGGGAGGCUUGUUAAGUGGGGUUCUGGGGCAAAAUGA